AUGUGCGACUCAUUAGAUUCAAGUUAAUUAAUAUCAAGUUUUAAUUAGACUAGCGAUACAAGUAGAGAAUUUCUUUAAGCUCUUAAUUAGGAUAAAUAGGAUAGCGAAAAUGAUAAAAAUAAUAAAAAACUUAUUUGUAAAAGCUAAAUCAAACAGGCCUAAAAAUAUCAAGCCAGGAUAGAGUUAUUUAAUAAUCUGUUAAGCAAUAAUAAUGAUAGCAUGCAUUUGUUUGUAGGGCUAUAAAUUACUCCAGAUGGAGUAAUGAGAUAUAACUAUUCUACAGAUUAUCUUUGCUUUGGUUAUUCUUAGCAACAAAUAUUCAAAAUAGUAGAUGAUAAAGACUUAGAUAUAGUUAACAUAGUUUAUUAGAGAAACUGUAAAAUAUCUUAGACUAGCUUUGAUGAAGCUUUGGCUACUAUCUAAAAAAUACCUAACAUUCCAUAUGAGUAUGCAAAAAACGUUUUAGAAGAAACUCAUAAAGCUGUUUAUUUUGUUUAUGAAAAAAUAAUUGGAACAGAAAUAAAUGAUUAAGUUUUAAUGAAAAAAGAAGAAGAUUUACUAGCUUUUCUUUAAUACUUCGCAUAGAUUUUACAAAAUUACAAAUAAGAAAAUCCAAAUAAAAUGUAUUGGUAUAUCUUAACUCGCAUAAAUUAUGUUGUUUAAAAUUCAGAAAUCAUCCAUUCAGGCUUUUCAAAGGCUUAUUUGAAUUUGUUAGGUAUAGAUGCAGAUACAUUUACAAAAAUUUUUUUAAGAGGUAAAAAAAUAGACCUUAUAUAAAACAGGUUCGAUAUAUAUUUACAAUCUCUACUAGGUCUUGAAGUAAUUGAUAAUACAAUCACAUGUAAAAAUAACGAAAUAGAUACUUUUAUUGUUACAUUUGAUGGGUUUCCUAUUAAAAUAACUUAAAAGAAGGUUUGUACAUGCUUUUCUGAAAAAAUAUAAGAAGGUAGAUUUUCUGAUUUUGGGUUUAAUAUCACUGAGAUAGAUGUUGAUAUAGAUAGUCUUAAAUAGCUGAUUGAUUACAGAUAGAGAGCAUUUUAAAAUACUAAAUUUCUGAAUAUUGAUGAUUUUAUUAGAAGAGAACUAUCUUAUCAGUUUGAAGAUGUUGAAUAUUCAAUAUAGUCCUAAAAUUUUAUAGAAAAAUAUUACAAAGAAAAUGUUUAAAAAAUCAAAAAAAUUGAAAAGUAAUAUAAAUCCCAUUCAUAUAAAAAAGCUUAAUACAAAGAUAUCAGUAAUUGA